GCAAUAAGUAAAUGUUCUACUUCCUGUCGCUAUUUAUAGAGUUUAGUGUGUGAUACGAAAGUUGAACGAAAUAAUAACAAAAAUUUUUCUUUUACAAAUAAAUGUACAAUAUGUCAGAUAUCAAUAAAGGAUACUGGAAUUUCGACGUUUCAAAUCAUGAAAAUAAUUAUACUGUCGUUGAUUUACGAAGCGAUACGCUUACGAAACCAACUAAAGCGAUGCGACUUGCUAUGUUUAACGCCGAAGUAGGAGACGACGUUUACGAAGAAGAUCCAACAGUAAAAAGACUAGAAGAAAGAGCUGCUAUGUUGACCGGAAAGGAAGCUGCGCUUUUUGUUACUUCCGGAACAAUGGGAAAUUUGAUUGCUAUAUUAACUCAUUGCGAUGAACGUAGUAGCGAAGCUUACUGUGGCGAAGAUUCUCAUACAAUAUUACACGAGCAAGGUGGUGCUGCUCAAUUAGGAGGCAUUAGUUUAUAUCCCUUGCCAAAUAAUCCCGAUGGGAGUUUUGAUUUAUCGUUACUUCAAAAUAAACUUCGUAGAGAUAGAUUACACGAGCCUACCUCCAAAUUAGUCAUUGUAGAAAAUACAAUCAAUGGAAAAGUCGUACCUCAAGAUUGGAUUAUAGAAUUGGCUGAAUUGACCAAAUCUCACAAUCUUAAAUUACAUUUAGAUGGAGCAAGAAUAUGGAAUGCUGCAGUAGCAUCUAAUACAUCUGUCGAAGAACUCGCGUCUGUAUUCGAUUCGGUUACAUUUUGUUUAAGCAAAGGAUUGGGAGCUCCGAUCGGUUCCUUAUUAUGCGGAGAUGCAGACUUCAUUCGUAAAGCAAGAAGAAUACGAAAGGUUUUAGGUGGAGGUAUGAGGCAGGUUGGUAUUAUCGCGGCUGCUGGAUUCGUAUCUCUAGAAGAAAUCGUACCAUUGUUAAAGGAGGAUCAUAAAAAAGCAGCUCUUAUUGCACGAGCAAUCAAUGAUUUAAAUUCCAAAACGUUUAGCGUCGAUGAGAAAACGGUACAAACGAAUAUAGUAUUUGUAAAUAUACAUUCCAAAUAUAUUACUUCGGAGAAUUUUGUAGAAAGACUUGUACAAGUUCAAGAUGAUGCGGAAGAUGAUCAAAUAAUAAUCAAAUGUUUGCCUUUAACAAGUACUACCGUUAGAUUUGUCUUGUAUCACGAAAUUACUGAGACGAUGUUGGAAGCGGCCAUACGUAAAAUCAGAUAUGUUAUCAAUCGUAUGGAGGAUGCAAAUAAACCAUCGGCAUAAAUCUAUAAAAUAAAUAAUUAAAUGACGGUCUAAUAUAUAUAUAUAUAUAUAUGUAUAUAUUGUAACAUAAAAUAUAUAUAGCAAAGUUCUUGGGUU